AUGGCUCUACUCGGUCUGGCUCCCUCUUCAGUCGGUGGGGCCAAAUCUGCACUUUGUGGACAAUUGGCUCGAUUACCAUGCAUUGAUCUCUACGGAAAGCUAGGGCGUACAAAUCCACAUGAUGCGAAGAAAUCUGCAAAUGCGGCUUCCCCGAUAAAACCACCCGAGAGUAAGCUUCUAAAUAAAAUAGUAAAUUUCUCUAUAUGA